AUGGGCCUGCGAUCCAGUCUACUGAAUGUUUUAGAUGCCAUUGAAACACCCGCGGCUUUUGCAUCCUCUGAAGAAAUUGGCUUUGUCGAUCCAGGGGUGUUUGUCCACGGUAUGGGUUCAAUCUACCUCCCCUUGGAGGAAUCACAAGCGCGACAAAUGAUCGAGCAGGCGCAUCAGGCCCCCUAUGGCAAGGGAAGCGAAACGAUCAUUGAUACCUCCGUGCGCAACACCUGGGAAUUAAACUCGGAUCAAUUCGAACUGCGAAGACCGAACUGGAACACCGUCCUCGUGCGAGUGGUUGCCGAUGUCGCGCGGGAGCUGGACCUUGACUCGACCGUUCAUGCCGAGUUGUAUAAGAUGUUGAUCUAUAAGGAGGGAGCCAUGUUCAAGCCGCACACCGAUACAGAGAAGGCGCCUGGGAUGGUUGCGACCCUGGUCAUUGACGUCGUGCAUGAAGUGCUUCCGGUCACCUCCGGGUAUCGGUGGGUGCUCACCUACAAUCUUGCCCUGUAUGCUUCGCAACCGCGUCCCGCGGGAGGUCUCCAACCACCAGACACCUCGCAUCUUUACAAGACCCUCAAGCUCUGGGUGGAGCAGGAUGCAAGCCUCGGCCCUACAAGCCACUUCUGGUACCAGCUCGACCACGAAUACACGGAAGCCAGCAUUUCCCUCAGGGCCAUGAAGACGCGAGACCUGGCCUGCGUUCAGGCGCUAUACGAAAUCUCCACCAUGCUGCCCGUGGAUAUCUUCCUCGCCGUUCUAGAAAAGACAGAGCACGGGAGCUAUUGUUUCGAAGAUGUCUCCCCGGAAGAAUCCUACCGAGGCUAUCUAGGAAACGAGGGGCCGGAUGUGACGCAUUGGUACCGAGUGACGGUAAAACCUCCUCUCACCAUAUAG